AUGACCAGGAGAGAAGUUAAGCUAAAGGUAAACGUGGAAGGAAUAGUAGAGAAAUGCAAAUCUAUCUAUAGUAGAUAUGAUGCAGAUUUUUUAAAUACACAAUGUAUAAAACCAAGCUAUUUGGUUAUACUAAAGGACAUAUUUGGCGGUGAUAGUCUAGAAAUAGAAAGUGAUCAUAGCAAAGAAGAGAAGGAGCGCAUCCUAGACAUAAUUAUAAAUGAUAUGUCUCAGUUCCUUAUAGAUAAUGAGUAUCAAGAAUCAAAGAUGUACGUGGUAGGCCAAGCACUAAAGAGUAAAGAUGAUAACUUAAUUGAAUCUAAGUCGAUCGAACUAAUCAAUAAGUUUAUGAAACCAAAUCCAUUUAUAUACAGACCAGAGCACGGUAUUUAUAGAAAGAUUGCCAUGAAUGAAUCAUUUGAGCCUCUAUACCCGGAUGAUGAUAGUCCAUACUUAAGCACUGGAACAUCAUACACUCUGGAGAUUGAUGAUACAAAGCUACAAAAUGCACUUCAGCUUAGUGAAGAGAAUCUGCGUAAAAAAUAUUUUACUUAUGCUAAUUAUCUAUUAUUUCUUCUAGAGCCAAGAGAUGAUUUAAAAAAAUAUUCGUCUAUAAAAAAACACUACACAUUAGAGGGGUUGUAUGACUUGAAAGAAAAAAAUGUAACAUUUUUAGAUUACGGGUUGGGGCUGAUUUACGAUAACAACUAUACUUUUGAAAGGCUAAUUGAGAGAAUCAGAAGAAUGGAAGCCGAUUCUUGCGAACGAACGAGUAUAGAAAAAGAAAUUAAGGAAGCAUUUAUUCAGGAAGACUUGGACAUAAUCAUUUCCGUUAUUGACAAUAUAAAGGAAAUUACAUACGAGAAAAAUAUAUACGAACGCAUGGUUAGAGCAUUGGAUUACAUGGCAAAUAACACUACACUCUUGAAAGAAACAGAAGGGGGACCAAACAUUCUGAGGAUAAAAGCAGAUUUAAGCAAUUUUAAACAAGACUACUUAAGCAGUGAUGCAUGUUUGAGUGAAAUAAUAAAAGAAAAGUCAAUUAAACUUUAUGACGAAAUAAGAGAAAAUAAAAUUCUUUUCAGAAGAAAGACCAAUGAAAACAACGAGAGAGUAGGGAACUUAGAAGAAUGGGAGAAUAAAAAUAAAAACACUCUUGACCCUCAGACCUACAAUAAAAUAUUAGGAGAAAAGAAAGAAGAGAUACAAAAAGCAUAUAUUUCUUUUGAUGCUUUUAAAAAGAAGUUAAGGUCAUUGCAAUUUGAUGAAAAAAGAGAAAACAUAGAAUGGGAAAGUACUAGUGAACUUCAAAAUCACCUUCGCUUCUUAUCUGAACUAAGCCCAGUCCAAAAUGAGUAUUUGCUAACGAAGAUAAAAGAAAUUGCAAAAUUACUAGACAUCAAAGUAGUAAUAGAUGGAGUAGAGCCAGUAAAGGAAAUGGAAGUGGAAGAAGCCCCUACGGGUUCUUUCUUGAAAGACAUAAAACCCAUUAAAAAAGGUAUUGCUGGACUAUUGACAAGUGCUUUUGUUCUAACAGGAGUAACAAUAACAGCUUUCAAUCAGUCUUCGAAGAGUAGCACGAUGACUGUUGCAGAUGUUCAUAAUGUGUUGAACAAUAAUGAAGCAUUAUCAUAUCAUGAGCAGCAAUAG